GAAACCGUUAAAUUAAAACCAAGUGAAACUCGCUUGAUCACAAUGCCUAGUAUUCCCAAGUUGAGUCUUGGUCAUCAAAGACAAGCUUCUGUUGACACAACCCAUUCUAACAAUUCUUCAGACGAAACAACUUCUAAUUCUUCUUCAACUCUUAGCAAUAAUUUUCUGAGUGGAACUAUUUCAUCCGACAAUUUAAUUUCACAAUUCAUUGAACCGUUGAGUAAUGCAAGAAAAUCUAACGCCAAAAUUCAUUGGAAGUGUGUCCAUGUGAUUUCACAUCCUGAUUUUGAAAGAAAUGCUUUAGAUGAUGAUUCCUCCUAUCAUACUACCUUACAGCUUAUUCCAUUCAGCAGUAUGGAUGUUGCCACACAAAAAUCUAGAUUUGCCAUUAUUCACUCCAGUAAGAAGGGUGUUUCAGUGUUGGAAUUAAUUAAUGAACUUACUCAAUCAACAGAUAAUAAGAUUGGAAAUCAAUGGAUUGUAAAGUAUCACACAAAAUUAGAGUCCAAUGGUUUCGGAUCAAGUGCAGUAUUAACAAAACAAACUACAGAAAAGAAGGAAAAGAUUGUUUUCUUUGGUGGUUACUUCCAUGAAAAUCAAGAGAGUAAUGACAAGUCUUCCUUGUUCCAAUCUCAACAAAGAUACUCUCUUGAAUCCAUUAGUCACAAUAGAACCCUAACCAGUAGAAUGAAAAAGCUAUUCAAAUCCUCGAAAGGAGAUGUAUCUGCUUGUCCUCACCCAUCUAACAUGUUUUUCAAAUACAGAUUUGAUAAGUAUGAGUUUGGUUUUUCGAAAUCUGGGGAAGAAAAUUCAGGAUCUGAAAAAACACUAUCCAGAAAGCCAUCAUUCAUGACUGGUACAACCAAUUACUGGCCUGCAACUCAUGCUAACCACAAAAUUUUGAGUGUUGGAAAAGAAAUUUAUGUAUUUGGAGGACAUUACAUGAAGUGGAAUGAACUUACUGAAGAUAAUCAAAACGAUGCAGAGAAGAGGACAUCUUUUGUCUAUAUUUUCGAUACAAAGAGAAAGAAGUUUGAACAGCCAAAGUUAGUAAGCUUUACACUUCCAAAACCUCAAUCAUCAGUUAGUACUACUGUCAGCACUGAUUCACUUGAUAGUGCUUCAACACCAACAGCAGAAACACAUAAGGAUAUUCAACUUCCAAUUGAAAAUGAAGUUGAUUCAAAGCAAAAGGAAAGAAGAAAUUUCUUACUUGAUAGUAUUAAAUCUUUCAGUAGAGAAAGAAAGAACUCAUUCCAUGAUGGAGAUAAAAUGAUGACAGACCUUCGUGAUAUUGCUCCAAUGAAUAGAUUUGGUCACAAUGUUGUAAAUGUAAACGGUGUAGCAUAUAUUUAUGGUGGUAAAUUAAGAAAGCAAUACAAUAGUGGUAAUCCAGACCAAGUCAAUCCUCAUUCAGAUGAUUCUGUUUACAGCUUUAAUUUCAGAACUGGUCAAUUCUCUAGGUUAAGAAUUAAAAGCCAUGACAAGCCACAUCCUAGAAUGUUCCAUGCCAUGGUUGAAAUUCCAGAAAACAAUUGUUUCCUUAUGAUGGGUGGUCAAAAUGUAACAGAGCAAGUUCUUGAAGAUGAAACACUAAGUAUGAUGAUGGAAGAAGUUAAAAUGAAAAAGGGGACUGAAACAGAGGCAACAAACUUCUUGGAUGAUUGUUAUGUUUUCGAUAUUCUGAGAUCAGAAUGGUCAAAAGUCAAACAAAGUGGUCACUUGCCACUCAAUGCAUCAAACUUUGGAUUUGAACAUGAAGCAACUAGAGUACCUGUUGCCCUAGCUAGAACUAAGGAAGGAGAUUUCUUGUGUGUUGUAAAGAAUGGUCUUGGAUCAUUGGAAGUCUAUUUAGGACAAUCUAAUUUUUAAAUUAAAUUUUAUUUACAUU